CUCCCUCUCUCUCUCUCUCUCUCUCUCUCUCUCUCUCUCCCCCAUGGACGGAGAGGCCGAGCCCUUCUUCGAGGCCUCCUGGGCCUUCCCGGGGCCCGAGUUCGAGGCCCCUCCCUCGUCCUGCCUGUGGGAGGGCGGGCAGCCUCCCCCCCACCCUCCUCCCCACCCUCCUCCCCACCUCGCCCCGUGCUCCCUGGACCCCCCCGGCCUCCAGCCCCCCAGCUCGGGGUCCCCCCGCCGCCCCCGCCCGGGCGCCCCGAGGAGCCGCCCUUUGCCUGGAUGAGGAGCAGCAAAGGCCCCGCGUGGAGCGGCCAGUGGGCAGCCCCCGGCCGCAGGACUCGAACCCUGUACACGCGGGCGCAGCGCCUGGAGCUGGAGAAGGAAUUCCUCUUCAGCCGCUACAUCUCGCGGCCGCGGCGCGUGGAGCUCGCUCGCUCGCUCAGCCUCACCGAGAAGCACGUCAAGGUCUGGUUCCAGAACCGGCGCAUGCGCUGGAAGAGGGAGGAGGGCGCGCGGGGGAGGGGCCCCGGGGAGGACGGCGGAGCCGCGGCAUCACCGUCCUCCUCCUCGGCCGCCGGCGCUCCUCCCUCUCCUCCUCCUCCUCUGCUUCCUCCUCCUCCUACCGGGGAACCGCUGUGAGGGGGUCGCGGGCUCCUCCCCCUCCUCCUCCUCCUCCUCCUCCUUCUCCUCCUCCUCCUCCCCCUCCUUCUCCUCCUUCUCCUCCUCCUCCUCCUCCUUCUCCUUCUCUUCCUCCUCCUCCCCCUCCUCCUCCUCCUUCUCCUCCUCCUCCCCCUCCUCCUCCUCCUCCUUCUCCCCCUCCUCCUCCUCCUCCUUCUCCUCCUCCUUCUCCUCCUCCUCCUCCUCCUUCUCCUCCUCCUUC